AUGCAACGGAGGAGCAAUGAGAUAGAAGAGGAAGGGGAAGAAGAAGAUGGAAGUAGAGGGCUUGAGAACGUGCGAGAGAGCCAGCUUGAAGGGAGAAGCAGUGGAACAGUGUCGAUGAACGGAGAGGACAACGUGUACGUUGGGGUUGGGAAAGGAGACUCAAGCAUGGAGGCAUUGCGUUGGGCUCUUGACAAUACAAUCACUUCUUCUUCUACUCUUCUCUUCCUCAUCCAUGUCUUCCCUGAGACUCGCUUCAUUCCUUACCCUUUGGGGAGGCUAACGAGGGACAAAGCGAGUCAAGAACAAGUGGAAACCUUUAUGUCUCAGGAAAGAGAGAAGAGAAGAACUCUGUUGCAUAAGUUCCUUCAAGCCUGCUCUGCUUCUAAGGUUAAGGUGGAGACAAUACUGGUUGAGAGUGACUCGGUGGCUAAGGCUUUACAAGACCUCAUUACCAUUCUUAACAUUAAGAAGCUUGUUCUUGGGAUCGACAAGUCUAAUGCAAGGAAAGCAAAUUCGAUAAAAGGAAGCAGUGUUCCUCAACAGAUAAUGAGAAGCUCCGCAGCAGCCAUGUGUGAUGUUAGAGUCAUAUGCCAAGGAAACGAGAUAAAGAUGGAGGAGACAAUGGUGGAGAGCAGCCCCUCCAAAUCCCCAACAGUGCAGCGGCCAAAGAAAGAUCAACCCAUUGGCCCUUUUGGUUGCAUUUGCUUUAUCAGUAAGCCCAAAACUAACAGUUAA